GGAGGGGUAGUUUUUAUUUUUUUUCCUGAUGUAAAUUGAAGAAGGGAGGAAAGGAAUAGUCUUCUUUCAAUGACUCAUUGAUUUGAGCUGGUUAAAAUUAGUUUUUCUCUGUCUUUAACUCCCACUACCACCAUCACCUCCCCCCCACCCCUACCCUCCCCGCCCUGGAUCACCAUCAGGGAGGAAAAAAUAGAAAAAGAAAAAUAAUCUUUAGCAAUCCCCUCCCCUCUUUUCCUUCUCUCGAAAGCUGCAUCGUUCGCUGCCCACGACGAUUUAUUUCGAGUUGUCUUUUGUGGAGAUGGGAGACGUCGCCUGGUCCUCUCGCCGAUCUUUACCUCACGACCGCCGGCUGCUUUUGAAAUCGACUCCCCGGCUUCUUCUUGGGCCUAACGGCGGUCGGAGGUCGUGCAGCGCGCAGGAGUUGUUUUUUUUCACACAGCACGUUUCCUCAUCCAUCGUCGAUUGUUUUUUUUACCUCGCCUUUUUGGUAUUUCAUCUUAAAAUUUCCUUCAAAAUGAUGAGGAAAAUCGACGAGGCCGCCAUGACAGGACGGAAGAAUAUGCGUUACUGUGGUUAUGGCGCGGCGGGAAUUGGCUGGCUUCCUGACGGGCUUUUACUAGUUUCUAUCAUGGCAGCUCCAUUAUUUUCCCUCAUUUUCAAGGUCGGGCAAAGAAACGGCACCUCCAUGGGGUGAUUGCUGACGCCGCCGCCGCUCAAUGGCGGCCGCUCGUCGUCUUCUUUGUCGGCUCGGCGGGAAUCUCCUGACGGGGUUGGUUUGUUGUGUUUUUUUUACUCAGCUUUUUGUGCCUUCGUAUUCACCGCAGCCGCCGUUUAUAUGUCUGAUUGUUUUUAUGACUUAUCUGUAUUAAAAUGUCUUUCCCGGGGAAUGUGUGGCGUUUGUAUGUGGCGAUGUUACAGAAAGAGUACAUAAGAUGUUAUUUAAUGGCAGGUAUUUCUGUCAAAUAAUGUGUUUGUGAGGGAUUCGGGAAGAUGGCGCCGGGUGCUGGCAAGCGGCCAGUCAGGUUGGCGCAGUUCAGCGCGGCCUCCAUUUUAUGACCGAGGCUUCGGAUUCCUCUUCAGGGUCUGGGCUGGCGGUGGCGGGAGCUGUGGGCUGCAGCCUAGAUACUUGUGUAUAACAGUCCCAGCUUUCAGCAGUAGUAUUUACUUGUCAAAAUGAACCUUCUGAACCCAUUUCAAUAUGGCUCCUCUUAUCAAUGGCAUGAUCAGAAGUUGUGGUAAUUCUUUGGAAAACAAGAAGUGUAUUUUUCGUGUAGCUGACAUGGAUGAUGAUGACGACUCCGGUCUUCUUGAUUUUAUUGGGGACCCACAGGCAUUAAAUUAUUUUCUGCAUGGAUCUGGUUGUAAAUCAGCUGGUGAAGAAUUAACAAAUGCUGAUUUUUCUGCAUCUAAUUCAAACUCAAUUUUUGCUAAUAUUAGUCUGACUGAUUCUAAGUCAUCCAUUAAAAGUGUGCAAAGCCUGGCUGAAGACGAAUCCGCAGAAGGACUUCAGCUGUCAAACAACAUUCAGUUCUUUGAAGAUGAGCUUGAAUCUUCCUCUAUCCAAGACCUCAGUGAGGACAUUCUCCAGAAAUCACUGCAGGAAGCCAAUAUCACAGAGCAGAUAUUGGCAGAAGAGGCUUAUCUGGAUGCCAGUGUAGGCACAAGCCAACAGUUUACAAAUGUCCUGCCUCAUGCCCACUCAUCAGCAUCCUUCUCUCAGGCUACUAAUGCCGCUGGUUACUCAGGUCAAACUUUACAUCCCAUAGGAGUGACACAUGUGCCUGUAGUCCCGCAGCAAGUAGGUGCAUCGUUUGCCAGCAAUACAGUAGGUGUGCAGCAUGGUUUUAUGCAACAUGUUGGAAUUAUUCCUAGCCAGCAUAUUCCUACCAGUAGUCAUAGUGGUUCUGGACAGAUCCAUCUUAUUGGUUCAAUCAACAACCAGUCUCCAGUAAUGACUAUUAAUAAUCUUGAUGGGUCUCAGAUUAUACUUAAAAGCGGUCAGCAGGCACCUCCUAGUAGUACAAGUGGUGGAGUACUUGUACAGAGUCAUACUCCAAAUGGCAGUACGAUGUUCACCAGUCCAAAUGUAAGUCCAGCUGGACAGCAAGUCACGGUUCCUUUCAAUAGUGGAAAUUUCCAAACCUCCUUACCUGUCCACAACAUAAUUAUUCAUAGAGGUCCAGCGCCAAAUACUAUUAAAGGCCCAGUUAAUAUUCAGCCAAAACCUAUGCAGGUAGGGCAGCAAAUGUCCUAUAGCGUCAGCAAUUUGGGAAUACACCAUCACAGACACCAAGGAGUGCAUUGUGGUCCUGGAAAUUCAGCACAAAGCCCUGUAAUGGGUCAGCAAAUUCCUGUAACUCAUCAACGUUCCCAUAAAGCAUCAAGCCAGCAGUCAGGUAGCAGCAUUGUCAUCCAUUCUCCUUUAGGUGAAGCACAUGCUCAUCAUAAUCAGUACCUCAUUCCCACAGGGCUUUCCAUAAACUCCAGUUCUCUCCAGCAUAUUCAGGCCAUUAACACCCAGUUUGUGCAGACACAGCUUGGUACUCACCAAAUACCCACAGAACAUAUAAUGCUGAGCAGAAACACAGGUGGCAUGGUCAGGCCUAGCCAGCAUUAUCCUGGCCAGAUGUUACAUAGCCCAGGAAAUGCUGUACAGCUCGUUUCCAGUCAGACUUUCUCAAAUUCUGGAGGACAUGUCAUUUUGAACCAAGGACCAUCUCAAAUUGUUGGAGGACAGGUAGCACAAGUAUCUCCUACACUUUUACAUUUGUCACCUGGUCAAGGCAAUAAAGCCCAAGGAGGAUCAACAUCAUCCGGCUGCUCAAACAUGACAACAACAAGCCGAUUUACUGUUAUGAAUCCUGGCACUGCUCUUCAAAGUAUGGGACCAUCAUUUCAGAGUUCUGGUUCUGGUGACAAUUAUGGCGAACAUCAAAAUGACAGGCAACAUCCUGUAGUGAAUGAGACUCAUCUUCCAGGUUCAAAUGCUAAAUCUAACAGCAUGUUCUGCUCCAAGCAGUCAUUCUCCUGCAGUCAGAACCAUCUUUCCGCAGGUUCAUUAAUGAAAAACCAAGAAGGACAGUCAAAUAUAUCAGAUCACAGUCCUGGAAGUAAACAUUUACAUCAUCAUUUAUCGUUGUCAAAAGAGGCUUUCAUGGGACUGCAGACUGCUGAGGUUGAAGGGCUCCCUGGUGUACUGAAGAGACCAGCCACAAAGCAACUUACUAGAGAAGCUCUAUUUCUACAGCAUCUGCGUAAAGAUCAGGAGCGUUCCCUGCAACCAGAUAGAAGAAGAUUUCAGUCACUAGAUAAUGCGUAUCAAAGUCUUUUUCCAUACCAUGUGUUUCAAGGAUCACUGCCUACUGAAGAGCAUAUGCAACAAGUGGAUAAUGAAUUUGAGUGUGCGGCUACUCAUCUUUUAAAGAAGACCCAGGCAAUGCUCAACAAGUACCGCUUGCUGCUAAUGGAAGAUGCAAUGCGGAUCACACCUUCUGCAGAGAUUGUAAUGUUAGACAGAAUGUUCAACCAAGAAGAAAGAGCCUUGCUCACAUGUGAAAAACGGAUGGCAGUGGUCGAUCCUGAUGGUUACUUGUCAGAGUUUUGCUGCAUUAAUAAAUUUCAAGAAAGUUUUUCAGAACAGAAGGAUCUCAGCAGUCCAGAUGCAGAUGCAGACCCUACCUUAUCAGACGCUUGUCCAACGGUUGAUGAUUCCGAGGACGAGAAGACGAGUGUGGAUAAAGUAGAUGACACCCCAUUAUCAGUGCCUAAGAACAAUUCAGCAUCCCAUAAACCCAGUGUCCCUUCCGAGGAGAAAGACAGCCUUAAAACAGAUAGUGAGUUGAAGAAUACAACUCUUUUACCGCAGAAACAACUUUUUGUAAGCCUUUAUAAAUUAAAGCGCAAGUACACUGAAUGUUCUUCAGAUCCCGAUGCUUCUUGUGAGACGUCUAAGAAAACGGAUCCUGUUGCCAAUUCUCCAAUGACCAUUCCGAGUUCUGGCUCAGAUAAGGAGGCAGGUGAUGUAGAACAUCUCCAGGGUAGAGUGGCAGGACCUUCUCAAGAUUCUACAUGCAAGCCAAGAGAUGUCACUGUGAGCCCUGGAAAAACUCCUAAAACUUCAGCUACUAGUGAGACUGUAAAAGCGACAGUCAGAAAUGUCCUGGAACUAAAACUAAGUGCAAAACACUUCAAAAGUGACACUUCCAGCAGCAAUUCAGCAGAAUUACAAUUUGUAAAACCGCCUUCUGCAACCAUGGAAGAAAACUGCGGGGACAAACCCAUUUCUGAUGCUAGAGAAGGCGCAGCAGAAACAGAUUCGGUUUUAGAAGCAGCUGUAAAUAGUAUAUUAGAGUGCUAAAGGACAAUUUUCACAUUUGUCUGUGGGAUGCAUGCCACCAGUGACUGGAGAGCAAUAGUGACUUUCUUCACAAGCCAGAUUGACAACAGCACAAAGCGGCUUAAGGCAGCCAUUACUGAAUGAAUGCAAGCCUGCUUUAGACAAUCAGGAUGGAUCUGGAAAAGCAGGUCUUUUAGUUAUACUAGGAUUUAAAGUCUAUUUGUUCUUUUUUUUUUUUUGCACAUUUUCAUUAAAGAUGCAAUCUCUGUUGCAAA